AUGGCGCACCAAGCUCCCCUCGACGCACCACCUCCUCCCGUCGCACCGCGCCCACCCCCGAUCCCGCUCAAGGCCGUCCUCAUCGGCAACGCCUCGACCGGCAAGACGGCCCUCCGCAACCGCUUCGUCGCCGGCCACUUCAGCGACGCCUACCGCGCCACCAUCGGCUGCGACUUUCGCCAAAAGGUCGUCCGCGUCAACGACGACGACCAGUGCAUCGUCAACGCCUGGGACACGGCCGGCCAAGAGCGCUUUCGCUCGCUCGCUCCCGCCUUCUACCGUGCCUCGGACGCGUGCCUCCUCGUCUACUCGCUCGCCGACCCGUCCUCCCCGUCGGCCGUCGCCAAGGCCAUCCGCACCU